GCCGAGACUUGAGGAAUGAAAACCAGUAAUCUGAAGGGGAAGGCAGAGCUUUUCAGGCAGAGGAAGCAGCAUGUCCUUACGCGGGAAAGAAUUCAGAGUAUUUAAGAAACUGAGAAAAAGACUGGUGAAGUUGGAAUGUAGUGGGCAAGGAUUGUGCAUCUGUGCCUGCGCAAGGCUGACCAGAAGCUGGUGAUCAUCAAGCAGAUCCCAGUGGAGCAGAUGACCAAAGAAGAGCGGCAGGCAGCCCAAAAUGAGUGCCAGGUCCUCAAGCUACUCAACCACCCCAAUGUCAUUGAGUACUAUGAGAACUUCCUGGAAGACAAGGCCCUCAUGAUCGCCAUGGAAUACGCACCAGGUGGUACCCUGGCCGAGUUCAUCCAAAAGCGCUGUAACUCCCUGCUGGAGGAGGAGACCAUCCUGCACUUCUUUGUGCAGAUCCUGCUCGCGCUGCACCACGUGCAUACCCACCUCAUCCUGCACCGGGACCUCAAGACUCAAAACAUCCUUCUGGACAAGCACCGCAUGGUUGUCAAGAUUGGUGACUUCGGCAUCUCCAAGAUUCUUAGUAGCAAGAGCAAGGCCUACACGGUGGUGGGCACCCCAUGCUACAUCUCCCCGGAACUGUGUGAGGGCAAGCCUUACAACCAGAAGAGUGACAUCUGGGCCCUGGGCUGUGUCCUCUAUGAGCUGGCCAGUCUCAAGAGGGCCUUUGAAGCUGCGAACCUGCCAGCGCUGGUGCUGAAAAUCAUGAGCGGCACCUUUGCGCCCAUCUCUGACCGGUACAGCCCGGAGCUGCGCCAGCUCGUGCUCAGUCUGCUCAGCCUGGAGCCCUCCCAGCGGCCCCCGCUCAGCCACAUCAUGGCACAGCCCCUCUGCAUCCGCGCCCUCCUCAACCUGCACACCGACCUGGGCAGUGUCCGCAUGAGGAGGGCAGAGAAGUCCCUGGUCCCCGGGCCACCCAUGGCCCCCGGCGGCAGCACAGGGAGCAGGACCAUGGGCGCCCGCUGCAGGGGCAUACCCCGCGGACCCCCACGGCCGGCCAUUCCGCCACCGCUGUCGUCCGUGUACGCGUGGGGCGGCGGGCUCAGCGCCCCGCUGCGGCUGCCGAUGCUCAACACAGAAGUGGUCCAGGUGGCAGCCGGACGCACGCAGAAGGCGGGCGUCACGCGCUCCGGGCGCCUCAUCCUGUGGGAGGCCCCGCCCCUAGGCGCCGGAGGGGGCGCCCUCCUGCCCGGGGCGGUGGAGCAGCAGCAGCCCCAGUUCGUCUCCCGUUUCCUGGAGGGCCAGUCGGGCGUGACUAUCAAGCACGUGGCCUGUGGGGACCUCUUCACAGCCUGCCUGACGGCCUUCGCUUCCAACUUUUUGCUCCCUCCAACCUGUGGACUGGCCUCUCUGGAAGAAACAGCCCAACCUCUCUCCCUUCUCUUUCCUCACCACCCCUGCCCUGCAGACCGAGGUAUCAUCAUGACUUUUGGCAGUGGCAGCAAUGGGUGCCUAGGCCAUGGCAGCCUCAAUGACCUCAGCCAGCCCACCAUUGUGGAGGCCCUGCUGGGCUAUGAGAUGGUGCAGGUGGCCUGUGGGGCAUCCCACGUGCUGGCCCUGUCUACUGAGCGAGAACUCUUUGCCUGGGGCCGCGGAGACAGUGGCCGGCUGGGCCUGGGCACCAGGGAGUCCCACAGCUGCCCCCAGCAGGUGUCCAUGCCCCCAGGACAGGAAGCCCAGCGGGUGGUAUGUGGCAUUGACUCCUCAAUGAUCCUCACUGUCCCUGGCGGAGCCCUGGCCUGUGGAAGUAACAGGUUCAACAAGCUGGGCCUGGACCACCUCUCCCUGCGGGAGGAGUCUGCCCCCCACCAGCAGGUGGAGGAGGCCCUGAGCUUCACACCACUAGGUUCUGCGCCCCUUGACCAGGAGCCCCUGCUCAGCGUGGACCUGGGCACUGCUCACUCAGCUGCCGUGACUGCCUCUGGCGACUGCUACACUUUCGGCAGCAAUCAGCAUGGGCAGUUGGGCACCAAUGCCCGCCGGGUCAGCAGGGCACCUUGUCAAGUCCAAGGUUUGCAGAACAUGAAGAUAGUGAUGGUGGCCUGUGGAGAUGCCUUCACUGUAGCCAUCGGGGCAGAAGGCGAAGUGUACUCUUGGGGCAAAGGGGCCCGGGGUCGACUAGGAAGAAGGGAUGAGGAUGCUGGACUACCUCGGCCAGUGCAGCUGGAUGAGACACACCCCUACACAGUGACUUCGGUGUCCUGCUGCCAUGGAAACACUCUCCUGGCUGUUCGCCCAGUUACAGAUGAGCCGAUUCCACCCUGAGGCACCUAGAAACACCUCCCGACCACCCUGAUAUUGCUUCUCCUCGGAACCCGCUUGAAAACUGCAGAUGCCCGCAGCAAUGCUGUUCCCACCAGCCCCCUGGCUGGUCCUCAGUGUGGUAUAAGAACAAGUGACGCGCCCACUGUCCUAUGGCCCUAGAUCCGUAAACCUCAACCCACCCUAUUCCCCCAACAUCUUUCUUUUCUCUCCCCACCCCUCUUAAGUCGGGGUCCCCAGGGUCCCGCCUGGCUAGAGUCGGAAACCAGACCCAACCUUCCCAAGCAGAGUGGUCUCCAGAGUCUUGGCAGAAAAAAGCUGGAGGCGGCUGUGACUCCACCCAGACCCUGCCCCUUAUGCCAGCCCAGUUGGAAAAUAAGUCACCAGUGCCCCCUGGGAGAGCAGCUCAGUGCUUUGGAGCAGGGCAAGCCCCGUCCUGCCUGGACUGGCCAUUCUGGCCAACUAGCUUCUGCAUUGCCUGGGACAGGGAGCCUCCCCACCCACCCACCCCCACUCCGAGAUCCUGAGAGAUCCUGAGGCAUAGAUUCAUUGCGCAACUUCUGAGCGGACUGGGGGUGCAUCUGCAACGGCACCAAAGGGUGUACUGCAGAGGGGGGGUCCCUGCUGAAGUUUGCCCCUCACCCCAGCCAUUCCUCCCAAGCACGUUGGGAGAAAGGGUAGCUAGCUGGGCCAGACCAGUUUUCCAGAUGACUGGGAAAUCGCGCCAAUAAAAACAUCAGCUGCC